AUGGGCUCGAUGGAAGGAGCGGAUGGAGCGCCGUCCAAGCUGGUGACGGAGGAUCUGGACCUUGCGGGCUUUGCCGAGGGCCAGCGCUGCUUUGAGUCUGAUGAGGAGUCGGCGGUGGCCUUCCACCUUCUGCUGGGGGCGGGCAGCCGCCGUGCCAUCGGCCUGGCUUUGGCUCCGACCUCGCUGGCCAUGGCAGUGGAGGAAUCCGCCUGCGUCUUCCAGACGCAUGCGUCUGGAUGGCUGCCUGCCGUGGUGAGGGACCUGCUCACCCGCAAUCUUCCCAAGGCCUACGCAGGUGACCCCAAGGAACUGCAAGAAGUCAUGCGGUCGCGCUUCAAUGUGGAGGUUGCAUCUAUUGUGGACAUCAGGACUUACGACAAGCAAGCGACACAUUCUGCCAACGACAGAUGCGAAGAUGAAGCCCGGUCUGCCAGCCGCGAGAUCGAGACAACGGCGAAGAGCGCCUACCUGUCGCUGAAGGUCCUCCAGGCGCACCAGGUGGCUCGGGCGCCUGGUGAGGCCAAGCUGAAGAACUGGGCCGAGCAGCGAAUCCGCAGCUGUCCGGAGGGCUUCCACUGCACGGUCUGCAAAGUGGGGCCGGCCAGCGAGGCCAACAUGCAGCAGCACGUGGAAUCAGCACAGCACCGAAAGCGGCUGGUCCUGGGAGGCAUUGUGAAGGACGACCACAUCCUGCCGCCGGUCCCCAAAGAGUAUCAAGCUCGCGGGAUCAUCAUCAAGCGGUGCGAGGACACGCUGCAGUACAUGUGCAAACUGUGCAAUGCUGGGCCCUUUCCGAAGCUGGAUAGUGUGGAGGGUCACCUUCGUGGGGCAAAGCACUCUCAGAAGGAGGGCCGGGAGCCGGAGCUGCAGCUGACCGCUGAGCUCCGGAAGGAGGGCUUCAUCCAGCAAGCGGAUCAGCUGCUGUGCCAACGCUGCGGUGCUGGGCCGUUCAGCGACCGCCAGGGCUUGAGGCUUCAUCGGCAGACCUUGCAGCACAGAGAGGGCGAGACACAGGUUGAGAUGGAGGAGCAGCUGAAACACCUACCUGGCUACUGCCACCUCAUUGGCCAGCAUUUCUGCUGCUACAUGUGCAAUAUCUCUGCUGGCUCGCUUGAUGGCAUUGUGCAGCACUUGGUGGGCAAAGGUCACCGAAAGGCUUGCAAAUGCUUCAGUGAGCCCGAGCCCGUCAUCUUCUGCAAGGAUCUCAUUGUCGGAGAGGCGACGCGCUGCUACCCUUUGCAGGGCCGGCUGAGGGAUGGCGAUCUCGAGCCGAUAUGGAGGCGGAAGGAGGAGCAUUGGGUGCAAGCUGGGCCUGGAGCGAAGCCAGAAGGCAAGUGA